GUGUGAAGUCAACAAUACUACAAGCUCUCUUUCUAUAUAAACUACAACAAAUCUCCACAAUUUCAUUACCACUUCAAAGAACCUUAUUUUUCUCAUACUUUCUUCAGAUCCAAUAGUAACAAUGGCAGCAGCAACACCAUUGUUGAAAGAUGAGCUAGAUAUAGUCAUACCAACAAUUAGAAACCUUGAUUUCUUGGAGAUGUGGAGACCAUUUUUUCAACCAUAUCAUCUUAUUAUUGUUCAAGAUGGUGACCCUUCUAAGAAAAUUCAUGUACCUGAAGGAUUUGAUUAUGAGUUAUAUAAUAGGAAUGAUAUUAACAGGAUUCUUGGUCCUAAAGCUUCUUGUAUAUCAUUUAAGGAUUCUGCUUGUAGGUGUUUUGGUUAUAUGGUGUCUAAGAAGAAGUAUAUCUACACCAUUGAUGAUGAUUGCUUCGUGGCCAAAGAUCCAUCUGGCAAAGACAUCAAUGCACUUGAGCAGCACAUAAAGAACCUCCUGUGUCCUUCCACUCCGCAUUUCUUCAACACUCUGUAUGAUCCAUACAGAGAAGGUGCAGAUUUCGUUCGUGGAUACCCUUUCAGUAUGCGUGAGGGUGCUCAAACAGCUGUUUCUCACGGCCUUUGGCUCAACAUCCCUGACUAUGAUGCACCUACUCAACUUGUUAAGCCACGUGAGAGGAACACGAGGUAUGUAGAUGCAGUCAUGACAAUUCCUAAGGGCACUUUGUUCCCCAUGUGUGGAAUGAAUUUGGCAUUCGACCGUGAGCUUAUUGGACCUGCAAUGUACUUUGGCCUCAUGGGUGAUGGUCAGCCAAUUGGUCGUUACGACGAUAUGUGGGCUGGCUGGUGCAUCAAGGUUAUAUGUGAUCAUUUGGGACUGGGUGUCAAGACUGGUCUGCCUUACAUAUGGCACAGCAAGGCAAGCAACCCUUUUGUUAACCUCAAAAAGGAGUACAAAGGCAUCUACUGGCAAGAAGAGAUCAUUCCAUUUUUCCAAUCUGCAACUCUUCCUAAAGAGUGCACAAGUGUUCAGCAGUGCUAUCUUGAACUGUCGAAACAGGUCAAGGACAAACUUUCCAAUCUAGACCCUUAUUUUGCCAAGCUAGCAGAUGCCAUGGUCACAUGGAUUGAAGCCUGGGAUGAGCUUAACCCUACCGGUGAAGGUUUGGCUAAGCCUUCCGUCGCGAAUGGCCCGGCAAAGUAGGUUAUGGUCCUUCCUUUUACAGAUUGAGUCGAGUUGAGCUGGAUUACAGUAUUUAUCUAUUUACUUGUUUAAUUUUGGUCUAGGAUGUACUUCAUUGUAGACUCUAGCUUUUGCUACUCUUGCAGAGAUUGUAUUAUUUAUUUGUUGAAUUUAAUUCCAAACUUGAGAGUUGAGGCUUU